AUGGCUGAAGAUCUCAAAGCACUGAAAGCUGAACUGACCUCUCUGAAGGCGGAGGUAUCUCGUAUUGGCGAUGAAGUCGAGAUUCGCAAGUUGCAUUUCAAGUACGGCUACUAUCUCGACAAAUGCCUGUAUCAAGAGGUCGUAGACCUGUGGUCCGAUUCGCCAGAUGCGUUUAUUGAGUUCCAUGGAGGAAGAUAUCGAGGAAAGGAAGGCAUCCGCCGCCUAUUUAUCGAACGGUUCGGAGGCAAAUUCGUGAACGGCCGCAAUGGCCCUAUCCAUGGCUUCCUCCUAGACCAUGCAAUGCUGCAGGAUAUCAUCGAUGUCAACAGAGAGGGAACUCACGCCUGGGGAAGGCUAAGAACCUUGAUGUCCGCUGGCACUCAUAAAAGUAUUGCCGAUGAUAAUCCUCGGGGUCUCGUACAGUGGUGGGAAGGAGGACUCUAUGAGAACGAGUAUAUCAAGGAAAAUGGGGUCUGGAAGCCAUAUCGCUAUAGAUACUUUCCCUUCUGGCAUGCCGACUUCGAGAAAGGAUGGAGUCACACCCAGCCGGAAUACGUUCCCUUCCCCAAGAAGUGCUAUCCGGAAGACCCCCUUGGUCCUGAUCAACUCGUGGAGUCUAGGAACUUGUGGCCAGAGACAAAGGUUGUACCUUUCCAUUACCCCCACCCUGUCACCGGGAAGCAGGUCAAAGAGAAUGAUUUGAGGGCACCGACAUUGAAUGGGGAUGUUUCCAAGAGUGGCCCAGCUCUAUCGCUGAAUGACCCCAAUGUGCCAGCCACAAAGUUGUAA